AUAUAAUAUUCCGUAAGAUUGAUUCUUCGAUUCGAUCAUUCUUCGUUUUCUAUUCACUCUUUUUCUUCUUCUUCCUAAUUCCAAUGGAGAACGACACCGCCACCACCACCGCCACCGUCAACGGCACCGGAAAUACGGCCAAAGUAGUUUCGAGCGGCGGCGGCGGAGGAGUAGGAGUCAAAUCCAACAAUCAAAUCCGUGAAGAAGAACAUUCCAAUUUGAACGGCGAGGAAAACAUACCAGAGAAAAUGGAAGAGAAAGAAGAAGAAGAAGAUGAAGACAAAGAGGAACAGCAACAACAACAACCUACUGGAUCUGAAACCGCCGCUCAACAACCUUCCAGAACCCCUUUCAGUAAUCUCAGCCAAGUCGAUGCUGACCUCGCCCUCGCCAGAACUCUUCAAGAGCAGGAAAGGGCAUACAUGAUGCUGAGAAUGAAUAAUGAUGGAAGUGACUACGGAAGUUGGGAGGGUGGGAGUUAUUUGCAUGACGAUGGAGAUGAUUUUGAUGAUCUGCACGAUGGAACUGAUGUAGACGAGGAGGAUGAGGAUGACCAGGAUGACGAUAAUGAGGAAUAUGAAGAUGAAGAUGUAUUUGAUGUUCAUGCUCAUGCUAGUGCUGGAGAACAUGAUAAUGCCACCAUUGAAUUUGAUCCAGAGCUGUUUUCAAAUGAUGAAGCCUAUGCAAGAGCAUUACAGGAGGCUGAAGAGAGGGAGAUGGCAGCUAGACUGUUGGCACUUGCUGGGAUACAUGAUCAAUCUCUAGUUUCGUUUUCAAUUGCAGAGGACGCUGAGGACAUGGAGGAACAUGGUGCUAAUUCUCAGGAUGCUUGGGAGGAUGUCGAUCCAGAUGAACUCUCGUAUGAGGAACUCCUGGCAUUAGGUGAGGUAGUAGGAACUGAGAGCAGAGGUCUUUCGACUGAUACUAUUGCCGGUUUGCCUUCAGUCAACUAUAAGACGGGGAGUGAUCAACACGGGAGCAAUGAUUCGUGUGUCAUUUGCCGGGUGGACUAUGAGGAUGAUGAGUCCUUGACACUUCUUUCCUGCAAACAUCUGUACCAUCCUGAGUGCAUUAACAAUUGGUUGAAAAUAAACAAGGUUUGCCCUGUUUGCAGUACAGAGGUAUCUGCUUCGGGAAGCAACUUGUAGGGAGAACGACGGUUAUUUGUUUCAAAUUGAAGAAAAUUCGUGCAAGUUGAGAGCUAUUAUCCCAAAUUAUAAAAGCAUUGCCAUCAUGUAUAUCCAGCUCCUUGGUUUUGAUUUCAACAUGUAACUUUGGGAAUCAGUUGUCUAGAUUUUCUUACUUUAAUGGAAUGACUGGCAUUAUUAGUGGUCAGGUAUGAUGACAGCAGGAAUCAGAACUACGUUUGGUUGUUCAAAAUUCAGAUUUAUCAUCUCUUUUUUCUUUUAAAGAACCCUUUAUUUUUGGGAAUGUGACGAGGGCACAAAUUUUAAAAUCAAGUCUCAGAAACAUAAAAUGGUGUAUGUGAUCAUUUCCAUUUGUAGUCAUCCUUGGUUAGAUCUUAA